AUGAUCUCAGGCGGUCGUGGAGGAUGUCCAGCCGGUGGAGUGGCAGCUGUGGUUACACGGAGGCGCGCGGCGCUGAAGGGAGGCGCGUUUUCGUGUAAUGGCGCAGCGGCUGCGUGGUCUGGCCCCGCCCCUCCACGGUGCCGGUUGCCGGUCGCCGGGGCGGGGAGGUGCCGUUGUAGCUGCUAUUCCAUCAAGAUUUGGUUUCCACUAUGUUUUUCUGGAAAGAAAUCGGUCGAAAUGCUAAACCUUCAGAAGCGAAUUAAUGGGAUCGACGACAAUAAAAAGUACAUGGAAACGAGAAUUGCUAUUCGAGAAAAGCUACUUUCCCAAGAAAUCAAAGAUUUGGAGAUGAAUUUGAAGAAUCAGAACAUGUGCAAACUGUCGUUCCCAUCGACUUCUCAGCUUCAUGAAAUGGUGCUUACCGUUUGCCCACAAGAAGGUAUUUACAGAGGAGGAGUAUUUAAGUUUUCGAUAUCUGUGCCGCCCGAGUACAACAAUGUGCCUCCAACAGUGAAAUGCUUGACACGGGUAUUUCAUCCAAAUAUUAAUGAGGAUGGCAGCAUUUGCCUUUCGAUACUUCGAGAAAACUCUCUUGAUGCAUUUGGAUGGCGACCGACCAGGAACCUUACCGAGGUAAUUCACGGUCUCUCCUCACUUUUCACCGAUCUAAUUGACUUCGAUGAUGCUCUAAACAUGCAAGCCGCGCAGCUUUGGUCGACAAAUCGCGAACAAUUCACGCAUCGUGCACGUGAAUACAUCGCUAAGUACUGCGAACGUCGCUGA